CGUCGGUGCAUGCAUGUGUGAGAGUUCCAGAGGAAUGGCUGGCCAUGCACGCCCACGACGCAGAGCGUGGCCGCCCAUACACUGGCACUGCACCACGGCGAUCUCGAUCCAGUCCAGAGCCUUCCUCCCCUGGCUCCUCCCUCCCUGCUCAGCUCCCUCCAUGAAUUCUUGCUUCCUCGACCGGCUCGAUCCCAUCAUUCUUGGCGAGCAGCGCGCAUGCCUCUCUCUCUCUCUCUCUAUAAGUACGGACCUCGCGCGCACCAGCCUACUUCACACACGUACAGUCACUUGGCAUACAGCAGUCCAUCCCCACAUAUCCUCUCUCCGGCCACUCCAUCCGAAGCAACCGAGCGGAGAACAACAAGGCCGGCCGGCCAUGGGCAAGCAGGCGACGGCGACGGCGCUGGCGCUGCUGUGCGUCGUGCUGCUGGCGGCGACGGCGGUGGACGACGCGGCGGCGGCGGCGUCGUGCAACCCGUCGGCGCUGAGCGCGUGCUCGGGCGCGCUGUUCGGCGGGGCGGUGACGCAGGGGUGCUGCGCGUCGCUGCGGGCGCAGCAGCCGUGCCUCUGCCAGUACAAGCGCGACCCCGCGUACCGCGGCUACGUCAACGGCCCCGUCGCGCAGAGCGUCACCCGCGCCUGCGGCCUCCCCAUGAUGAAGUGCUGAUGAACGAGAGAAACUGCUCCGUCGUCGUCGUCGUCGUCGCCGCCGGCCACAUACUAUACUACAUACACUACGUACUAUCGAGUCCGGCGCCCGGCGGAUCCAUGGGCAGUCAUACACACAUAUAUACGUGCGUCUAAAUAAACGCGAGCUCUAGUUGUUGCAGCUCGCCAUGCUCCGGCAACUCGUAGUCAACCUCGGGAGUGAGGCUAUGCAUGAUGCCGGUGGAUUUGGCUGUUUUCGUUACGUUUUCCGAGUUAUUUCGUAUGAGUAAAAUCGUGCUGCCGUGCUGUGUGUGUCCCGCGUUUAAAUCUCCCGAGACAAACUUUUAAAUUUUAUUUUUACUAGCCCAGCUCUCA